AUGAAGGACUCGGAUGUUUGCAAAACGAUUCUCAGGACCUUGACCCCAAGUUUCAAUGUAAAGGUUACCAUUCUUGAAGACAAAGAUCUCUUACAAAUAAAAGUAGAUGAUUUUCAAGCAUCACUCACUGCUUAUGAAAUGAGAAUUGGGAUUCCUACUCAACAAAGAAGAGAAACAGCCUUUAAAGCCAAAGAAGUGGUUGAAAAAGCUGAACAAAAGUCUGAAGAUGAGGAUGAUCUUGAAGACGAUAAAAAAGAAGAAGAAGAUAGUGAUACUGAGGUUCAAGAAAUACUUGAAGAACGUGAGAGGUGUGACUUUGUUGCAGCAACUAUGAAAAAUACCAAGCUUACACCUGUUUACAUCAAGAAGACAAACCUAUUACUGUCACAGAUGAUCAAAGAUAAAAGAGUUCUUGUCAAAACUAAGAUGAUGUGGAUCCCUAAGAAGCUUAAUUCAGUGAGUAAGUUGGUUUAUACAACUUUUAAAGCUUGUAACUCAAAUGAUGGAUGGUAUAUUGACAGUGGUUGUUUAAGACAUAUGACAGGUGAUAGCUCUAAGUUUCUUUCCUUGAAGAAAUUUAAUGGUGGCAAUGUGGUAUUUGGGGACAAUCAAAAGGCUAAAAUUGUUGGCAUUGGAACUAUAUGCAAAAUAAAUGAGAUUGAUAACAACAUCAAGGCUUUUGGUAAAGAUGUGAAGGAGUCAGAUGUUUACAAAAAGAUUCUCAAGACCUUGACCCCAAGGUUUAAUGCAAAGGUUACCAUUCUUGAAGACAAAGAUCUCUCACAGAUGAAGGUAGAUGAUUUUCAAGCAUCACUCACUACUUAUGAAAUGAGAAUUGGGUUCCUACUCAACAAAGAAGAGAAGCUCAAAGCCAGAGAAGUAGUUGAAAAAGCUGAACAAAAGUCUGAAGAUGAGGAUGAUCUUGAAGACGAUGAAGUAGCUUACUUGGCCAAGAAGUUUAGAAAAUUUAGAUUCAAGAAAAGGACAUAUUCACAUAACCAAACCUUUUAUAGUUAUGGUAAAUCAGGUCACUAUGUGGCUAAUUGUCCUAAUUCAAAAGGUCAAAACCAAAAAAAGGUUGAGAUAUUCAACAACAAAGGAAGAUUUGGAAGAAAAGUUCUUAUCUCUGAUUAG